UGUGACGGAAACAACCCGGAAGUUAUUUCCUGUCGUCCCACACGUGUGUUUACACGCGUCUACACCCAUGUUACAAUGUCUGAUGCAUUCAGCACCAACAGUGAACUGGUUCUUCAGCGCGUGCUGGACGUGACACCAGAGAAGGAUGUUCACUGUGGGAAUCUAGAUGAGCAUUAUCAGAUCAAAGCGACAUGCCAUUUCAUCAAUGAUCAUCAGUUCAAAAAGGUUGCCUUGCAAUUUCCAGAUGAGGUGCUGGUUGAUUCAAUAGCAAUUGCUGCAGAGAUCGAGAAGGGAACCAAAGCAAAACUAUUCAUCCUUGGAGACACGUCCUAUGGCAGUUGUUGUGUAGAUGAAGUUGCAGCAGAGCAUGUGGGCGCAGACUGCAUCGUACACUACGGGAGGGCUUGUCUCAGCCCAUCCAGAAGACUCCCUCUGAUGUACGUCUUUGAGAGGAAACCUGUGGUCCUGGAGACGUGUGUCUCCUCCUUCAGAGAGCUAUACCCCAACAGACAGAGUCACGUCAUCCUCUUGUAUGAUGUCAACUAUGAUCACAUUAAUGACGAUCUUCUGGCGCUGCUGUCCUCUGAGUAUCCGAACAUUGUCGCCUCAACUCUUCACGUGGACGGAGAACUUUGCUACAGUCACGGAGAAACACAUGGACAACACAAUGUCAGCAGUUCUCAGUGUCAAAACGGUGAUCAAGUCGUUCACCAGUUCGGAAGGCAGUUUGUCUUGAAAUGUGGACAGACCAUUGAGGACUACAGUGUGUUUUUUAUCGGCCAUGAAGGUGCAACCAUGACAAACUUCAUGAUGACUUGGAACCGCUGCUCUUUCUGCUCUUUUGACCCUGUAACAAUGACAGGUCGGACUGAGUCGAUCAGUAUCAACAAAGCUUUGAUGAAGCGAUAUUACGCAAUAGAGAGGGCAAAGGAUGCCAGUGUGGUGGGCAUUCUUGUGGGUACACUUGGCGUGGCAAACUACCUCACCAUCAUCGAGCAGCUGAAAGAAACCAUCCACAGAGCAGGGAAAAAGAGCUACAUGUUUGCCAUGGGGAAACUGAAUGUGGCCAAACUGGCUAACUUUCUUGAGAUUGACAUUUAUGUACUGAUCGCAUGUCCUGAGAACUCUCUGUUGGACUCCAGUGAGUUCUACAAACCGGUCGUGACCCCCUUUGAAAUGGAGGUGGCCUGCAACAAGAAAAGGGAAUGGUCAGGAGAGUACGUCACAGACUUCCGCGAUCUGCUUCCAGGUGGAUCUAAGCAUGUGGCCUUGGCGAACCCUGACGAUUUCGAGGAUGGUGAUGAGACUGAUGUCUCCCUCGUCACCGGAGCUUUACGAAUGACCCGCUUCUCGUCCAGUGAGCCAGUGUCUUCGUCACGCGACUCCUCACUCGUCCUACGGAACCAGGCGCUCACUGUGGCCAAUGCUAACACAGCUGCCACGUUCCUGGCGGGUCGUAGCUGGCAGGGACUGGAGCAGAAAUUGGGAGAAACACCGGUGGUGAAAGCAUUAGAGGGAAGGAAAGGCAUUGCCAUUGCCUACGAAGAGGAGCCGACGAUUGACACGGACUAUUGAUCAUGAAGGCACUCAUCACAUCCAGAUUAUUAGUCCAUUGCAAAUGUUUUACAUAUAAUAUCAAUCAAUAUAUUAUGUUGCUUCAUAGCUCAACAGUUUCCAAUUUAAGUUAUCAAUCUUCUGACAAAUUUACGGCUUUACCGGGAUUAUUGCAUAACUAAGCUAUAUCAGGUGCAUUAUAUUCACGCGAGUCACGUCAACAUAGACACGUCAAAACUGCUACACUGAAGUGUGUCAUGGAGGGAGAACUAAAAAGCACAUACCUUUUUGUUAUAUUGAUGCUUUUUUGAAGCAUACGUAUAUAAACGUUUAUAGAUCAGUUGCGUCUGAAAAAGAAAUGCCUGUCAAGAAAUAUGCAGCUAGUGUAGCAGUGCUUUGAAUGUGAUGAAUGUCACAGUAUAAUAGAAGUUUAACUGUUUUUUAAAUGUAACAGAUAGAACGUCGAAAAUGUGAGACCACUUGCUUGGACUUAAAUGCACUCAUCACUGUUGUGAAUACACAUCAUUAUUAUUAUUUAUUCAACAACUUUUUGCUCUGUACUGUAAAUCACAAAUGAGAUAUACAAAAGAGAUAUAUUCAA